UUUUUUUUUACGCUUUUACGUUGCUCAAUCCUUGAUUCAGUUUAAAAAAUACAAUGGAAGCCAAAUACGACGAGAAGCAGGGUGCCAAAGCUAUCGAGGCCUUGUUCAAAGCGAACGAAAGCAAAGAAGAGAAACCUGAUCUGUUGGACACCGUCCCCAAUCUUUGGAUUCAAAUCACUACCAAGAAGUUCGAUCAAAAGAAGAAGAUGAAAUCCAAGCGAUUACCUUUGAAGCAUGCCAUCUAUCCCGAUACAGCCUCCGUAUGUCUCUUCUCCAAAGAGCCCGAGGCAACUGUGGAACAAAAAUUGAAAAAGGAAGAUUACACGAAAAUCGACAAGGUCAUUAGCAUUUUGACCCUGAAGGAAUCAUACAGCACUUUUGAAUCUCGACGAAAACUUCUCGCAUCGUAUGACAUCUUCUUGGUCGACGACAGAGUAUUCCAUUUGAUGCCCAAUGUGCUCGGUAAAACAUUCCUUCAAACCGGCAAGACCCCUAUUCCAGUCAAGACGAGUCCUCGUGCCCUUCGACGUUCCGUAGACGAUGUUUUUGUUAGCAGUUACAUGAAACGUUCUGCAGGCGCUACAAAUGCGCUGAAAAUUGGUCAUUUCGGCAUGAAGCCCAAAGAAGUCAUUGAAAAUUUAAAUGCGGUCUUGCCCCAGCUCGUGGAAAUUCAAGCAAGGAACUGGAGCAACGUUCAAGCGAUCAGCGUAAAAUCCGACGACUCGCCUGCAUUGCCUAUCUUUACAUCCCUUCGUGAACAAUAAACAUGCAUAGUACAUAUCAUCUAGACUUUUUCUCUUCUUUUUCAACCCCACGAUAAAAAAAAUGAAUUCAUCUCCAUCCAUUCUUUUUUUUAUUUGCAUUGCUUUUGGUAGUUCACCGUCCGGCUUUUUCUGUUGGCAAUCUUUCGACGCCAUCAUGUGCAUAGAAGCUCGAGCAAACACAGUUGGAAAAUUAUA